UCACAACUAUUCAGAUAAAGAACUUCGUUUCAUCUGCUUCGUUUGUUUCGAAAUCUCUGAACAAAAAUGGCCUCUUUCAAUUGCUUUGCUUUAGUAUUCUUGAUGGCUUUGUCAUUUGUAAGCAUUGAUGUUGGGGUAGCAGCUCGUCACCUUCUGCAACAGCCUCAAACGCAAAGUUUACCAUCUUUCCCUAAUCUCCCAACGCCAUCCCGACCAUCGUUCCCAUGGCCUGGGGCGCUUCCUCCACUUCCUACCACAUUGCCAACAGGACUGCCCCCUCUGCCAAGCAUUCCCUCAGUCCCCACAAUCCCAACUGCAAUUCCCCCUAUCCCUUUCUCUUUUCCACCAUUGCCAUCUUUCCCUAAUCUCCCAAACCUUGGGGCCCUUCCUCCACUUCCUACCACAUUUCCAAGAGGACUGCCCCCUCUCCCAAGCAUUCCUUCAGUCCCCACAACCCCAACUACAGUUCCCUCUAUUCCUUUCUUUUCCCCACCACCUUCUCGUUCUACUCCUGCGCUUCCUCCACUUCCUACCACAUUGCCAACAGGACUGCCCCCUCUGCCAAGCAUUCCCUCAGUCCCCACAAUCCCAACUGCAAUUCCCCCUAUCCCUUUCUCUUUUCCACCAUUGCCAUCUUUCCCUAAUCUCCCAAACCUUGGGGCCCUUCCUCCACUUCCUACCACAUUUCCAAGAGGAUGCCCCUCUCCCAAGCAUUCCUUCAUCCCCACAACCCCAACUACAGAGGAAUUCCGGCGACUUCUCCGGUGCCGUCCAUACCGUCGGCCACCUCCCACGGUGGUCGAAGCUCCAAAAACGGUGGAUGAGGUCAACGGUGGCAGAGUUGGUGGAGGUAGGUGGAGCGGCAAUAUGGUGGAUGGGACAGAGGCGGCGGCUAGGGGGGCUAGGGUUUCUGAUUUCUGA